CCCAAAAUCUGAAUAUAAAUCUCUAAUCUAUAUUACACACUAUUUGAUGUAGUAUUUAUUCCGAGAAUCUUAACACACAACAUAAUCUCCAAAAACAACUGUUUUUCCUAUAUUUAUGAAACUCAAGCGAAAACCAAAGACAGAUCCUGCUACAAAACAAAAACCCUUAUUGUGAGUCCAGACUCCUAGUUGAGCAGGGGUUGACGACGCGGUGGUCGGAGGGGCAGUUUGAAAAUCCGAAAGAAAGAUUUAGAGAAGGUUUAUGGCAAAGGAUACAAAGUUGAAAGCUAUGGUCGAUAGGAUUAGUGAGUUACCAGAUGAGUUGCUGAGUCACAUACUCUCCUUUCUUCCUCUUAAUUUCGCUUACACCACCGGUCUUAUUUCCAAGAGGUGGAAAACACUAUGCAAACUCAUGAUAGAUCUCCAUUUUGAUGAUAAACUAGUGAAGGGCGAGGAGGAAUUCCAACGUUUCGGUCGCUGUGUUGACAAAGUCAUGCUAUCCCCAGACAUGAAUAACCAACCUAUUAGAGGCUUUCACCUUAACUGUUGUCAUCCUGAAUUAUUACUUUUCGACUAUGAUCAAUGGAUUGAAGCUGCAAAACUGCGUGGCGUCCAGGAUCUCCAACUCCAACUCUCCGUGUUUCCUUUCAAGACUGCUUACGAAAUGUCUAAGUGGGAGUCGCGCACCAAAUCCAUGGAGGAUAAGUUUAUCUCCGUAGCACCCAACAACAUUUUUAGCUGUCGAACCCUUGUGAUUCUCAAACUCGAGAGGUUAUGUGUGGCUGGCAAUAUUUUGUCGGUUCAUCUUCCCUUGCUUAAAACCCUUCAUUUGAAGAGUGUUUAUUUACAAAAUUCAGACAAUCUCAAGAAGCUGAUAUCUAAAUCAUUGGUUCUUGAAGAUUUAUAUGUUAUGGUUGGCUACAAAGAAAGGGCAAGUAUUCCACUCGCACGAGUAGAUAAGGGUCCAUUUCAUGUUUUAUUUAAAGCAGUAUAUCAUAACCUUCAGUUUCUACGGUUAGACGUGAAGCGUCCCAAUGAAAAGAUCCUUUCCUAUUUCAAAGACUCUUUAGUUUUUCGAAACUUGAUCCAGCUUGACUUAGUAUUUGAGUUCUUUUAUGGCUGGGAUGACUUAAAGGACAUGCUUCAGAAUUGUCCCAACCUUGAAGUUCUUUUAAUUCAUGAGGAGAUUAUCCCCAAGCUUCAAGACAUAGUUAUCGGAUGUGAGUGGACAGUGGAUGUCAGAAACGGGUUUUACACAAUCUGGAAAAGUCCAAAUUUUGUUCCUAAAUGCAUUUCAUCUCGCCUCAGAUAUUGCACCUUAACCUAUGAAGGCAUGGAGGAUUCACUUCGAUUUGCAGAAUAUGUUUUACAGAAUGCUCGACUUCUACAAGUCAUGACAGUAAAAACUACAAUGUUUACCAGAUCAGUUUACCACCAGAAAAUAUUAGAUGAACUAAACUCAUGUCCAAAGAUUUCACCCUUUUGUAAACUUUCAAUAGAAUUAUAGUUUUCCAGA